AUGGGAAUGAAUGUGAAAGUUGGGAAUUAUGGUUUUGGUGAAGAAGGGACAUGGAGAGACAGGGAUGAGGCCAAGGAAUGGGUUAUCUCCAAGGCAAAAGAGAAGAUGUGUGUGAUUGUUCAAAUCAAACACGUCGAUUUUAAGAGGAUGGAGAUGGUAUGUGAGAGAGCUGGGAAAAAGGGAGAAAGUCACAAAGGUCAUGAGUCCACAACAGAUUACUUGGAAUGGUAUGAACGCUUCUCUCACCCUCGGGUUAUAUGGAUAGAUCCUCCUGGCACUCGAAGGAGCAACAAGGCAUCUUCAUCGGCUUCUACAUCUGACACCAGAGAUGAUUCCACCAUUCUUAAUCUUGUGAGGGAACGAAUGAAGAUUCUUAUCAAGGAAUUUUGUUGCACGUCCGACAAAGGAGAAGUGGUGGAACCCGAGCGACAUCGUAAGUACGCUGAAUAUUGUAGCCACAUUGAAAAUCCACAAGUGAAGAAGAUGUUUGCUAAUUUGGCUAAGCAAAUUAAGAGGCCCAGGAAAACUCGAGAACAAUUGAGACAAGAACGUGCUCAACAUGCUGAAGCAAGUCAAGGUGGAGGAAGCCAAGGUAAGGAAAUCCCGGAGGAAACAGAAGAUGUUGAUUCCCAAAUUGCUAGUCAAGGUCGUCGUAAGAGAAGUCGUACAUCAGCUGGUGAAGGAAGUCAGGGAGGGAGAGAUGGAGGUGGAGGCCGAGGUGGAGGUGGAGGUCGUAGAAGGGGUGGAGGUCGAGGCCGAGGUGGAGGUCGUACUGUUGAGUGA